AUGGCUACGAUGACAGCCAUGCCGGCUGAGCCUGGCCUGAACUACACGGCCAUGGGCAUGGAUGACCCCCUGAACCAGAAUAUCACCUUUACGACGCCAGACGGCACCCUGAUGGUGAUAUCACUCACAGCCAUCGACGCCAACCACGCAUACGUCGUCGGCAGAACAAUUGGGUACUCUGUGGAGUUUGGCGCCAGUCUCAUGAUGCUGGGCGUGCUCCUCGCCAUGACUCCCCGAAGCAAGUUCUGGCGGUUGGCCUCGUACAUCAACAUAGCCGCCCUGUGCAACAACAUGGUGCGGACGAUCCUCCUCGCCAUCUUCUUCGAGUCGUCCUGGGUGCGCUUCUACGUCCUGUACACCGGCGACUUCAGCCACGUGUCAGAGGUCGACUUCCGGAACAGCCUCUGCUCCACCGUGUUCAGCAUCCCGCAGAACUUCCUGAUGAUGGCGGCGCUCAUGCUCCAGGCGUGGGCGAUGGUCAAGCUCUGGCCGAGCCUCUACAAGUGGGGGAUCCUCGCCUUCUCGGGCGUCCUGUCGCUCGCGGAGGUGGCGUUCAUGCUCGUCGCCCAGACGGACCAGAUCCGCUCCUUGUACCCGGACUACAACACGUACGACUUCCUGCACCGGCGCCUGUGGCUGCGGUACGUCUGGCUCGCCCUCGAGCUCGCGUCCGUCUGCUGGUUCUGCUUCAUGUUCAUCCUGCGGCUUGUGACGCACAUGUGGCAGAACCGCAGCUUCCUGCCGAGCACGAAAGGCGUUGCGGCGAUGGACGUGCUGGUCAUGACCAACGGCGUGCUGAUGCUAGUACCAGUUCUGUUUGUCGCCUUACAGAUCUCGGAAAAGAUCAACUUCGAGACCGGCUCGUUGGUGUACACGUCCAUCAUCAUCGUCCUCCCGCUCGGCACGCUCGUAGCCCAGCGCGUCGCGGACCCCGGCGCUUUCAACAGCGAGGUCAGCCGCGCGAGCGGCAACGGCAACGCCCCUGGCCGGUACGAUGCCUCUUCCUCGGGCAAUAAGCCCCUUCUCCCUGCCUGGAGUCAAUGCGAUAACACCGCCACUGUCUACUCAGGCCAUAGGGGUAGCAAGACCGGCCAGGGGAAGACGGGCGUCGUUUCUAAGAUCUCCAGUGGCCCCUACGCCAAACGCGGCUCUGAUGCGAUGGGCCCGGUCGACAUGGAGCUGGCAAAGAUCGACGGUGACCUUGAGAGUGGAAGGGUGAGGGUGAAUCGGGAUUUUCAACAGUCGGAAGAGGUGCUCUAG